GCUACAGUUGCGUGUAGUCCGAGGCCUCUUGUGUAACUUGGUUUGGGAUUUGAAAAGUUACUUCCACGGACAAAGAGAUUAGUGGCAGAGAAUACGUUCAUUCUCCGCUACAAUGGGAGUUCCAGCAUUCUUCCGAUGGUUAUCUAAGAAGUAUGCAUCAGUCAUUGUUGACUGUAUUCAAGAGAAGCCUGGCGAAGUCAACGGGGUCAAGAUCCCUGUUGACAUCAGCAAAGAGAAUCCUAAUGGCAUCGAGUUUGACAACCUGUACCUUGACAUGAAUGGCAUCAUCCAUCCUUGCACUCAUCCAGAGGACAAGCCCGCGCCCAAGAACGAGGAUGAGAUGAUGGUGGCCAUCUUCGAGGCCAUCGAUAAGAUGAUGGCGAUCGUGCGGCCCCGCAAGCUGCUCUACAUGGCCAUUGACGGGACGGCGCCGCGCGCCAAGAUGAACCAGCAGCGCUCGCGUCGCUUCCGCGCCAGCAAGGAGACCAGCGAGAAGUUGGAGGAGAUGGCGCGCAUCAAGGCCGAGCUACGCAGCAAGGGGGUCGAGGUGCCGCCCGACAAGCCCAAGGGCGAGCACUUCGACAGCAACUGCAUCACGCCGGGCACGCCCUUCAUGGACCGGCUGAGCAAGUGCCUGUGCUUUUACGUGCACGACCGGAUGAACAACGACCCCGGCUGGCGCGACCUGAAGGUGAUCCUGUCCGACGCCAACGUGCCCGGCGAGGGGGAGCACAAGAUCAUGGACUACAUCCGCCGGCAGAGAGCGAGUCCGGCGCACGACCCGAACACCCAGCACGUGCUGUGCGGCGCCGACGCCGACCUCAUCAUGCUGGGCCUGGCCACGCACGAGCCGAACUUCACCAUCAUCCGCGAGGAGUUCAAGCCGAACCAGCCGCGGCCCUGCGAGAUCUGUGGACAGAUCGGCCACGAGAUGAAGGAGUGCGUGGGCAACGUGCGCGAGAAGCAGGGCGAACACGACGAGAUCGCCAUGCCGGUGGUGGCCGAGACCCAGUACAUCUUCGUGCGGCUGAACGUGCUGCGCGAGUACCUGGAGCGCGAGCUGGAGAUGCCCAACCUUCCCUUUCAGUACGACUUCGAGCGCGCCAUCGACGACUGGGUCUUCAUGUGCUUCUUCGUCGGCAACGACUUCCUGCCGCACCUGCCGUCGCUGGAGAUCCGCGAGGGCGCCAUCGACCGGCUGGUCAACCUCUACAAGCAGACCGUCUACAAGACCGGGGGUUUCCUCACCAGUAGCGGCCGGGUGAACCUGAAGCGCGUGCAGCUGAUCAUGCAGGACCUGGGCGAGAUGGAGGACGAGAUCUUCAAGUCCCGCCAGCGGCGCGAGAUCUCGUUCCGCAACCGCAACAAGGCGCAGCGCCGCCAGAAGCGGGCCGAGCAGGAGCGCCAGCACAUACAGAGCGGCCAGUUCGCGCCACAGGCGGUGGGUGGCGCGGUGAAGCCGGUGGAGAACGCUCGCAAGGAGGCCUACCAGAUCCGCAUGGAGCAGAUCGCGGCCAAGUCCGAGUUCAAGCCGGAGAACAACAGGAUCAUCGACAGUGCGACGGCCGCCGGCCAGAAGCGCUCGCACGACUCGGACAGCGAGGAGGAGACGCCGGAUGAGGUGCGGCUCUGGGAGGACGGCUUCAAGGACAGGUACUACGAGUCCAAGUUCGACGUCAUGGCCGACAACAUCGAGUUCCGCCACCAGCUGGCGCGCGAGUACGUGCUCGGUCUCUGCUGGGUGCUGCGCUACUACUACCAGGGCUGCGCCUCCUGGAAGUGGUACUUCCCGUACCACUACGCGCCGUUCGCCUCCGACUUCAUCAACAUCGGCGACAUGCGGCCGACGUUCACGCUCGCGGCGCCGUUCAAGCCGCUGGAGCAGCUGAUGAGUGUGUUCCCGGCGGCCAGCCGGUCGCACGUGCCCGAGCCCUGGGGCGAGCUGAUGAUGGACCCGCACUCGCCCAUCAUCGACUUCUACCCGGUGGACUUCAAGAUCGACCUGAACGGCAAGAAGUUCGCGUGGCAGGGCGUGGCGCUGCUGCCGUUCGUGUCGGAGGUGCGGCUGAAGGCGGCCCUCGAGUCCGUCUACCACCUGCUCACCGACGACGAGCGGCGCCGAAACGUGCGCGGCGACGACCGACUCUUCAUCCGCAACGGCCACGCCGGCUUCGAGGUGGUCCACCAGAUGUACGCCGAAAGCACGGAGACGCUGGAGGCCAACCCGGAGCUGUUCCAGAAGAUGUCGGGCGCGCUGAUGCCGGCCGACGACCUGGUGGAGCAGGGCGCCGACGUCGUCUCGCCCGUGCCGCUCAUCAAGAGCCUCCGCAACAACCAGGUGGUGACGUGCCGCUACAAGGACCCGCAGUUUCCGCAGAGCUUCGUGUUCCCGGCCGUCAAACUGCCCGGCGCCACGUCGCCGCCGCGCGUCCUGAAGCCGCAGGACCUGGACCGGGCGGCGUCGCGCCGCUGGCGGCCCCAGAUCGGCAUGGUGCGCUCCAACACGGUGGCCUCGCUGGGCCGCGCCGGACACCGCAUGGUCGGGUGA